CUUUAAUUUAUUAGUGCUAUUCAAUUGUGUAAAUGUUUGCUGUAUCAUCACGUCGAUUAAGAAGGAGACUCAGUGCUCCCUCAUCUGGAUCAGCGAGAUUGCGAGCGUUCCAACGUAAACGCGCGGAACAAACACGGGCAGAAGGUGAGAGGUUGGCGCGCGAACGGCGGGAACUCAGAAUCAGGGAAAAGUACGAACAGCAGAGACAGGCACGAGAAGAACUGGCGUCCUACGAGCCGUGGGGGCGCGCAGGAGCCGGCGCCCCAAACCCUCAAGGAGUUCGCUUCUCCAACCUUCGCGCUCGCGGCAUCUAUCCUGAAGAUGAACUUAAGGGAAUUUCUCUGUUUGAGACGUGUCAACGCUGGUCAUCACCCCAACGUAGAUAUCACCAGACGCCACUACGUCUCCGCGAAGAUCCGCAACUUUGUUACGCAGAGAACUUGAGGAAAUCAGUCGAUAAUGAUAUUCGUUACAAGCAAACACCAAACCAACAGCAAGCAUAUAAAGAAAUUUUAGAUAAUUUGGUCGACCAAAGAAAGAAAGCUAUUAAAGAGGAAAUUCUACAAGAUUUAGAAUUCGAGCGUAAAUUGAAUGCUCUUGAAGGACCGUGGGGAAAGCCUGGACCCGGAGGAAAGAUUUGGAGGAAUCCUCGAAAUGUAGGACUAAAUUUCUCUAAGUCUAUGGGAUGGACAGAUAAUGAAAUAUUUAAUAAAAUAAGAGGAGACCAAAGACGAAGCAAAAGAUCUUCACUUACUUUACCGGAUGUAAAGAGGGCUGAUGAUUAUUCAAAUCUUGUUGCGCUUGAAAAAGAAAAUGUGGUACCCCAUAGAGAAAAGUUACCACAAAUAAACAAACAUUCGAUCAAAUCGAAAAACUGUUCUUCAGACGAAAAGCGACAAGUCGAAAGGGAGAAAGAAUUAAUUCAGUGUUACGGGAAAAAUGGAAGAACAAAACAAAAUUCGUCGAAACAAAAGUUUGUGAAAAGGUUAUCGAACGGGGAAAGGGUUGAGAAACGAAUUGAAGAUAUCGGGGAUUCCUUGAAUGAUAAGAAGUUGACGCCUGAAGAAACAAUUUUGCGAGUAACUGGUGGUAUAGAGCUUGUCCCACUUUUGGCGCGGCGUAGGCGCGUCGGUGCUCGUACACUGCCUUCUAGUGACGUCACACGACCUCCACAUGAGUCAUGCCAAUGGAGAGAAAUAAGGACGGAUGACUAUUUGAGGCAGUUGAAGCAACAAAUGCGAGUUAAAUCUCAACAAAAGGAGGAGAGCCGUCGUAAUUCAGCUGAAAGUGUAAAGCAGCAUCACGCAACCUGGUCCUCCUUGUGGGGUCGGCCGGGUCACGGGGCACCCCAACUGCGUGGGAGAUACGCUCGUAGCAACUUAGCGCAACUGCUAUAUGUACCACCGCUCACUGAUAAGAUACAAAUUUAAGAAAUGUAUUGAGAUUUUUAAAACCAAAGAUAUUUUAUGUUCCUAUUUUUAAGUGUUGAUUUUAAUGAUAAUUGUGUUUUUAUAAUUUUGCGUUCAUAUAAUAAAUAUGUCUUUAAAAUCUUGUUCAAUUAUAAUAUAUAUUAUGUAGAAGUUUGUGAAACU